AUUCUCCGAGGUGCUCGCUUGGCGUAAGCUUGAAUAUCGACUUCUUUUAGUUUUAGUUCGGCGGCUCAGUUGCUCAAAACGCGCUCACACAUACCUACUCACGGUACAUAUACACAAACGCACUCGCUCACAAACUGAUGAUUUUCGAGACGGUUUGACGGUUUCGAAAUGUUGAUUUCUUCGAACGGAAGUGGUCUCAGUGCAGCCGGAAACGAUUUUUCUAGUGUGGCUGCCCUGUCGGGGUGCUGUCCCGUUCCUGUUACUCCUGCGGCGCGAUCGGCUAUCGUUAAUUGGAAGAUGGACUCCGUCGGAUUGCCGCCGGCCAACGCGGUGGCCGGCGUUCUGCCGCCGACGGCCAUCCCGCUCUCGCCAACAGUGUCAUCUUCCUCGCCGGCGAUUUCGAGCGCCGUGUCGGCGGUUUCAUCGGCUUCAGUGCCCUCUUCCUUGGGCCCGGCGGCGCUCCGGGAACUGUACGGAAGCACAGCCGCCUCUCCGGGCCACCCGUUGGCUUCUUUGGUGUCCCAGCAGAGGUUCCUGGAACUGUCCCGGUUCGGCCUCAGGCACUACGACAUAGCGCAGCACAUGCUAACUCAACAAGGCGCCGUCACCAAAUUAUUAGGUACUUUGAGGCCACCAGGAUUAAUAGGAGGCAGUAAACCGAAAGUAGCCACACCAGCCGUCGUUUCCAAAAUAGAACAGUACAAAAGAGAAAACCCUACGAUAUUUGCAUGGGAAAUCAGAGAACGACUGAUAUCAGAAGGAGUAUGCACGAACGCCACGGCGCCGUCAGUAAGCAGUAUCAACAGAAUACUGCGCAACAGGGCGGCCGAAAGGGCCGCCGCGGAAUUCGCCCGGGCCGCCGGUUACGGCCUGUACCAUCCCCAUCCCUACGCCACGGCGGGAUUCCCCUGGCACUCGCCGCUCUGGCCCAACGGCCCGCUGGGCCUGCCGGGCCCGCCCGGCGCCGGCAACCCCACCGUCAUGUCGGCGUCGCCGGUGUCGUCGGGCUCCCCGCACCCGGACAGCGGGCUGUUGUCGUCGCCGCCCGGCAACAUGGACAAGGACGAUUCCAGUCUGGAUAGCUCCGAGCAGCCCAAGUUCAGGAGGAACCGCACCACAUUCAGCCCCGACCAGCUCGAGGAGCUGGAGAAGGAGUUCGAGAAGAGCCAUUAUCCUUGCGUUUCGACGCGGGAGCGAUUGGCGUCGAAGACUUCUUUGUCCGAAGCUAGAGUACAGGUUUGGUUUUCCAACAGACGAGCGAAAUGGAGACGCCACCAGCGCAUGAAUUUGCUGAAGCAGUCCGACGGCGGUGCGGGUCAUCAGGGUGGUUCAUCGAACCAAACGUCGAUGUUCGGCGCCCGAUUAACGCCUUCGCCCCAUUACAACAAGGCCGGCUCCACGCCUGGCUCGCCGCUCACCACCCACCUCAAUGCCCACCCCGGUGCUUCGUCGCUCCUGUUGGGUAUGGGCGGCGAAAAUAGCGCCUUCAAGGCUUUGGUGCCCGGCGCCCUGCUGGGCGCCCAGGAGAGAUUAAGGAGACUUAGCGGGUACGCGAGCGACUCCGAGGAAGAGAUCAACGUUAACGACGAAUCGGACGCGGAGGAGCCGACGGAGAGGAUAUCGGUGAGAUCUUCGAGCCCGGUGGACGUCGUCGACGUGACGGCGAAGGAACCGCCUACGUGUCAACCGUUGCAGCUCACCAUGCACAAUCGCGACUAACGACCAAGUAAUUAUUUCUUCUUGUUGAACGCGAAAAAGUUGGAAAUAUUGGAAGCGUUUUAGAUGAAAUCUAGAUGGGGAUUUUUUUUUGUAGUUUUGUUUUGUUUAUUUCGAUUCGCGAAUUUGUUUUAUUGCAUUGACUCUUCCAAUAAUUUCUAAAUUAGUUUUUUUAGACUGAUUUUAUUGUUUACGUUUUAUUUUUACUUCAAUUUCAUUCGACGCUGAAUUAAUUCUCAAAAAACCAAAGCAUUUAUUUAUGUAACUAUUUAUACGUUGUAAAUAAUACUUAUUAUAAUUUGUACAGUUCCUUCAAUAAUUUUAGUAAAAUAGUGUGUAAGACUUUGAAAGUUCGAAAGACAGUUCGAAACUUAAUUAAACCUUCCUCGUUUCUUGUAUAAGUACCUAAAUUAACUGUAAGUACCUGCUUCAUCACAGAAGACCAGUGAACAUCACCCAGUGUUUUAUUUAUUCAUUUUUCUAUACCUAAUAUACUUUCUUAAUUCGACAUUUGCUUCUUACAUCUUUUCCACUAUUUGUACGGCAAUAAUCAAAAUUCAUUUAU